AUGUCGGUCUCCUCCUUGAACGACGACUGGGUCAGGUGUCGGGCGCCGAAUGAGUUGCAGAGCGACAUACUGACGUGGACUACCUCAAUUUCACGAUCUCGAGUGUCUACCGUGGACGGCCUCGGCUUCAGCGAAAAUAUUGACGUCGAGUCCAUGAACAGCCUAGAGGGCCUACUUCACACAGUGCAGCAACUGAAAUUGAAACGAUUUCGAGCUGAAGAUGUGGAGGAGAUCCGCUUUGUAGCCGCAGGAGAGACGUUCACUGUGACAGAAUGCAAGUGUGAGGGUACUGUCGUCGCUAUCAAGCGCAUCCGACUUAGCGAGGAAGGGAAAGGCUUUGAGCAUUCCUACUUUCAAAGGCGACUACAAUCUGUUCUGCGCGAGAUUUUGAUCAUGUGCCACCCACCACUCACACAUCAUCCUAAUAUUAUUGAUAUUCUGGGCUAUGGCUGGAGCGUCGAAAAGCAGCGUCCGUCGCCGUUUAUCUCGGUCGCGUUUGCCUCGAAGGGAACCCUGAGGGAAUACAUGAAGGAGAAAGUACAUCCAAUCCGAACAAAGUUGAUUCUCAUGGGCGAUGUAGGCGCGGGUCUCAUGGCACUCCACAAAUGUGGGAUCGUUCAUGGAGAUUUGAAAAUGGAUAAUAUCGUGGUGUUUUCCUCACUGGAUCGCCCUUGCAUGUCGAUCGCCAAGGUGUCUGACUUUGGGCAUUCCAUUAUCGUGGGAUCUGCUUCCAAGAAGACAAAGCAGUAUUUUGGAACAACUUUAUACAAUGCACCAGAAGUUGCCAACCAGAAGGACACACCCAUCCCAAUCGAGCAGCUUCACAAAUGCGACAUCUGGGCCUUUGGCCUCUGUGCGUGGGAGAUUUUAGCAAAUGGUCAGCUUUAUUUUCAGCGUAGCUGGCGAAGGAAUCCUCUCUAUAAACGUUCCUCCUCACUGUCGACAUUAACAUCACCGACCGGCUCUCACGAGGAAUCCAUUGAUGAGGAUGACCAGCACGUCUUUGGUUACUUUGAUCUCUCCCAUCUCAAGAUUCUUGCGAUAGAGUUUGUGAACAACAUGAAAAUACCAGGGAUUGGCUUUGAGAAGGGGUUCCUACGUCCCUUGAUGGAUCGUACUCUGCAAACCGAUUCGGCAAAAAGGAUCUCCGACCUUAGUCGCCUCCCAAUUAUUGUUUCAUGGCACAAGAUGCCAGGUGGACACUCCCUUCAGUCAAAGCUCGCGACAUAUGCUAUGUCUGGAGAUGUUAGAUACUCGAUCUUCAGUAGAGAGAGCGGUCCACAUAUCAUUUGGGAGCAACAGCAGCAACUCUUGCAGGACUUUGAAACUGUGGCCCAAGGGGCAAAGUCAGAUAAAGACGACGGCUCAAUCGCCUUUCAAACCAUGCUUUGCUAUACGAACGCUUUCGGAGCAUCUCAGGAUUUGGACAAGGCUACGGGGUUUCUUCGAAUGGCCGAGGAUACUAGUCAUUUGGUCGCUCGCGUUUUGGGGCCUCGCAUAAUCAAUGGUUUCAGCCCGGACUCAAGUACCGAAGUACCGACAUAUAGUGAAUGCCUUGCUUUGGGAUUCAGUAUCGCCCGGCGACCUGAACCGAUCACAUCUUUGGUUGUACAUGACGGGACAUCGGUCUCUAAAUUCACCAACUAUGCUGACUUCCGCGAAGCCUUCGUUAAAAAAAGACCACAGCCAUGUUUCAACGACAGCGACGGGGGUUUUGGUGUUUUUCUCACUGUGAAUGAAUCCACCAUCCAGCAUGGCUUGCUGGAUAUCGCACUCCACCAGGGUGAUACCCAGUUCGUGGAGAGAUUGUUGCCCCUUACUAGGCACUCAGAUGCAGAACCCAUACUAGAUCCUCAUUUUGUGAUGGCUGCAUCGAGAGGCUAUGGGGAUUUAUUGAUCUUUCUUUUAACAGUCGGUAUGGGAGUAUUAGGGAUAAGUCCACCUCCAUCGCUACUUCAUUGGCUCUUUUGCCUGGAUGAGACCACUCUUAGUGAAGCCCAGCCGUUGAUGAAAGACUGCUGCCGUAACCCCGAUUUCAAACAGGGGUUGAAUCAUGUGCUUACUGAAGGUGAUUUUUUGCAUCCUCAAUGGCCAUUUCAGGUUCAUGGAACACCUCUCGCUAUGGCAAUUGUAUCUGGCAGAGAGUCACUAGUCAAACUUCUUCUCUCUCUUGGUGCGGAUCCUCUAGCCCCUGCCUUUGGGGUCACCGAUGACUCUACGGGGCCCAUGCUUACGCCGAUCCAUCUCGCAAUCAAGUAUCACCAACCAGAUAUUCUUCUUCUGCUUUGGAAAGCAGCAUUUAGUGGAACGAAACCUGCAAAUGGCACUGGUGUGCAUAAGGUCGAUAGCUUGGGCCCUUUUCCUAUUGCCUGCUGCCUAAGCCUAUUGACAAAUGCUGAACGCUUUGCUAUUCAUGGUUGCAUGUGUAAGCAGAGGCUGCGCGAAAUAGUCAAGCUUCUACCUAUGGACCUUCUCCUUCAGACAUCCCCCGAGGGCAAAAAUUCAAUCAUACAAGCCAUUGAUCUUGAAGAUGUUGACACAGUUGAGCUUCUUCUUGAGCACGCCCCAACUCUGGCAAGCAGAAAGCUAGUUCAACCAGGUAACACGACAAUGUUUACAUAUCCGUUUCAUUUCGCCGUACAGAUCGCCUCGUAUCGCGAUACAAGAGAGUCUGAGCAGAUUGCCGAGUCGAUUCUCAAUCUCGACUCGGCAGCUAUAAACCGACCCGACAGCGCACCACUCAAACCACUUCAUAUUGCUUCGAUGGGAACUUCGGAUCGAAUGACCAAAUUUUUGUUAGCUCGCAAUGCUUCCUGCCAUGAUUUGGACGCAAGACGACGCAUUCCCCUUCACUUUUGCCGGGCUCUAGUCAACGCUAAGGCCUUGAUGCUGGAGGGCGUGAACAUCAAUCACAAGGAUAGAUCCGGGUCCAGUCCCGCACACGCCGCAGCAUCCCAGGGAGCAGAUGACGUUUUGAAGUUGUUUAUUACUGCCGGGGCUGACCUGACUCUUGUGAACGACGACAUCGGAACCCCUCUCCAUUGUGCGAUUCAGCGCAAGUCGCGCUCAACCAUAGAAACUCUCUUAGCGGCUGGAGUUGACAUAAAGGCGAGGAACCGUCGUGGUCAGACUCCACUGCAUCUGACAAUGGACAUUGGGCGCUCUGAUUUGGUCUCGUUAUUAUUUGAGCAUGGAGCCGACCCAUUCAUCGAGGAUGGGCAAGGAUCUUCUCCUUUCAGCAUGUCUCUUGCCUGGGAGAACCCUAGUAUCUUCAACUUGUUCCGGCUCCCGGAGAACUUUGCCGUGGAAAAGGUGCAUGUCAAUGCCUUGAUAUUCGCUGCUGCCAAGGGUGAGCCAAAGGUGUUCCGACAAUACUUGGACAGAUUACCCGACCCAAGCCGCAAUCUAGCCCGUGUACCUAUCCCGAAACUCUACGUCACUGCGAUCAAUGUGGCUGCAGGAGCUUGUAGAGUGGAUCUGGUUGAAAUGUUGCUGGCACAUGGUUUCAAUGUUGACACACUCGAUGAGAGAAAGAACACCCCUUUGCUACGAGCUUGCCAAUCAGGACGUACUGAAGCCGAAUUCUAUGCAUACAAUCGAACACACAUGUGCGAGAAGCUUAUACAGCAUGGUGCGAAUAUAUUUGCUCGGAGCGAUCGGGGGCUCACGCCUUUCCUCAUCGCCCGAGCUCACGGCGACUAUCCACUGAUGACUCUUCUUUUGGAGCGCGCACUAGCACUGCGGGACAUUGAUGUAUCGACCAGGCGUUCACGUAUUUUAGAGUCUAUCAGAGACCCCGAAAAGGAUAGGACGUUUUGCAGGUCAUCCAAAUCAAUCAUGGGUGACGAAAUCAUUGAACCGCGCUUGCUCUCCGACGCGGUCAAGAAUGAUGAAUGGGAGUUUGUCAUGAUCUGCAUUGCGGGACAUUUUGUCCAUAAAAAAGAUCUGGAAGGCAUUUUUAAGAAACGACAAUGGAUGAAGCCUAGUGUGGACACUCUGGACAUGCUGCGCUACCACUCUGUCAAAAUGGACAGAGAAAUGGUUCAGUAUCUCGCAUCGGGUGCUGAGGAAAGCUCCCCUGACUUCCGGUAUAGCGCUCGCAAUAUUGGUCGUCGAAAUGUUGAGGUCGAAUUGAUCGAGUCAAGAGGUGGCCUGAAUGAACUUAUUUGGCCGGAAGCGAUGGAGAGGCUGCGACUGGAAUCAAUUCUUAAAUCUGGGAACGAUUAUAAUCAUGCAAGGAAUGCAUUGGCAGACCUCGAACGGAAAGAAAAAGCCUUCUGUGGUAAGCUCCAGGAAUACUUUUUGUCAAUCAUUACCACCUCAAAGGAGCCUAUGAAUCAUCCCGAGGACAUGGCAUGGUUUAGGAAGUUUGAACGAGAACUUGCCUUGGAGGAUCAAGAUACCUUUGAUCAUCGACUGAAAACUCUUUUAUUGCGUGCAAAGUCUAUGCAUGAAAAGUCCACAAAAGAGUUUGAGUUCACGCCGGAAAAAACAGCACUUUGGAUGGAGCUCCAUGGUCAGGCACAAAGGCUUCAAGAAUGGAAAGAAAUGAUCGAUGCGACACUUCAACACGCCAGGAUGAUUACACAAUGUUUUUAUGUUCUUACUGACAACGACUAUGGCAAUGAUGGAGUGGUCAGUGACCGAAGCCACGGGGCCCGUAUUGAUCCGAGUGAAGCUGGUCGAGUGGCUUCGCGGCCAGGCCCGAAGUCUUACGUCGAACGCGCUGCCGAUAAAUUGGUGGAAAUGAAUCGCAGAAUUCUUUCAUUCGCGAUACAUUAG